AUGGCUGGUGGAGAAGAGAUUCUCGAGACUGUGGUGCUCCGGGAAAAGACGGCGGCCGUUGAUGCAGCUAAAUAUCGAUCGUCGAAUCACACUGCCUCAACGGCCUUUUUCUAUUGUGAGAGCGACCGACCGGACGAGCUUAACGGGCUCUACAUUCUUUCCAGUCUGAUCAAACAACUAUGCGAGUAUCUCCGUGCUAAAUACAGACGCUGCCCCGACGAUAUAGUAGAUGCACUGAACCGCUUCUUUGGAAAGAAGCGAGUUGUUCCCGACUUUGAUGAUUUGAAAGACAUUUUCAUCCAGUUAUUCCACAUCAUCCCAGACACGGUGUAUAUCAUUGACGGACUCGACACAUUAAGCCCAGAACAGAGUAAAGACCUAUUUGAGCUCUUCAGGUCCCUGUUCUACGGUUCUGGAUCCCCGCCGGAGUCGCGGUUGCUCGUUUUCAGCCGAGAACAACUGCCUGGCUACACAGGCAUUCCCCUGUUUAUGGCUGGCGUUCGUCAAAUUUCGACUACAUCUAACGUGAUGCCGGAUCUUCACACGUACAUCGAUACGAGUAUCACCGAUAAACUGAUGAGCCGGAAGCUCACGGACGAUUUGGCCUUGUUGGACGAAGUCAAGCGGGUCCUCCUGGAAGAAUCAUCUGGAAUGAUGACCUUUGCCAAUCCUUAUACAUUACGCGUCCUCCGAUGGGUGAGCUUUGCUGCAAGACCACUCCAUAUCGACGAAUUAAAAGAGGCCGUCGCCUUUGAUCUAGAUGAUAUGGGCUGGGAUGCCGGAAAGAUCCCCCAAGCAGAUGUAUUGAUUGGGUGUGGUGCGAAUCUCGUUGCUGUCGAUCCGUCUGAUCGAUGUGUUCGCUUUGCGCAUCCUUCCAUCAAGACAUAUCUGCAGAAGAAUUCAGCAAGGUUAAUUCCAGGGUACCCAAAUUCCGAUAAACAGGGCGAGCUCCAGUGCGGAGAAUCAUGUGUUGCCUAUCUGUCAUUCUCUAACUUCAACCUCGAACUGUUGAAGCCAGCCAACGAGACAGAAGUGGUAAAAGUGCCGGAUGCCAAACUGCUCGCCGGCGAUGCAUUGGCAUCUCCCUUGUAUAAAUUCCUGGACUACGCAGUCACUCAAUGGGCCUUGCAAACCAAGAAAAUAACUUCCCUAUCUUCAGUUUGGGAUAAAUUCAAGCAACUCUCGUUGAGUUUCAACGAAACCUGGAAUUUCCACCCUUGGGUGGUCGGCGGCCGCUCACAAACCUCACGUCUACAUGGCCUCUUCGGAUGGGCCGUUAAGGAAGGGCACAUUCCGCUGUUGGAGUUGGUACUCGCUUCUGACCGAGAUAUGCGAGAAAUCUGUAACCUCCCGCUGGUCGAUGACCGGCUUCCUGCACUUCAUGUCGCCUCAAAAUUGGGGCUUGUGGAUGUCGUCGCUCUCCUUCUACCUAUUUGCGAAUCGAACUUGCAAGACGAAGAAGGAUAUACUGCCUUACACCAUGCAGCUAGUAAGGGGCAUGGAGGUGUUGUAUCCAUGCUUCUAUACUUAACAAGCAUGAAAAUAGACAUCCCGUCAAAGACCCAAGUUACCCCACUUUGGCUAGCUGCCAACCAUGGCCACUGCGACCUCGUGCGGGCUCUGACUGAGAGACAAGCGAAUCUUGAAGCUAAGGAAAGUCCGUCGCAACGGACGCCUCUUUCACAGGCUGCUAGCAAUGGCCAUCAGGCUGUUGUCGACUUUCUUGUGGACAAGGGAGCGAAUCUGGAAGCAAAGGACGCCGGUGGUCGGACACCGUUAUCCUGGGCCGUCACGAAUGAGCAUCUGGACACGGUCGAGCUGUUACUUGAGAGAGGCGCCAAUCCCGCUUGUAAAUUUGGGAACAAAGGGGAAUUGCUGUUAUGGGCAGCGCAGACUGGACAUGCUGCUAUCACAGGCUUGCUAGCUGCGAAUCCCGAGACGGAUCUAAACGUUACCGAUGACAAAGGGCUAACAGGGUUAUGGUGGGCUGUCCAGAAUCAGAACUUGGAGAUUGCGAAGAUUCUUCUUGACCGCGGGGCAAAUCGGGAGAUCCGAGAUGCUGACGGCCAGACGCCUCUACUGUGGGCAGCGAGAAAUAGGCACGAUGCACUGACUAAAUUACUGCUCGAAAAAGGCGCAGCUAUCUCUGUUCAGGAUAAACAAGAGAGAACAACGCUUUUCUGGGCUGUCGAGCAUAGCCACGAGGAAAUAGUCAAGCUGGUGCUAGACCGGGUCGGAAACCACACGGGAAAGAACCAGUUACUCGACUCUAUUGCCUCGUGGCCUGUACCAACACGAACUGACACAGUGGACUUGUCCCUCGACAGAAAUGGAGACUUUGAAGAUAAGACGCCGUUACUGUCGGCUGUAAGAAAAAGCUUCGAGUUACUGGCUCAGCGGCGUACCACCACGGUGUCGCGAGGAGGUUUUCCCAGACAGGCAACAUCGAUGUGGUCCACAAGAGGCGGGCAAAGGGCCCUACUCGAGCUGAUCCUUCAAAAGAAUCAAGAUGACGUCCAUAAGUCGAACCGAUCCCUCCUAGAGGCUGCAAAGCAGGGCAAUGUGCUCUUUGCGAAGCUGCUGGUUGACGAGGGUGCUGAUAUCCACACGAGAACUGUGUACAGGGAGACACCACUAUGGUGGGCUUCAAGAAAUGGACAUGUGGCGCUUGUAGAAUUUUUGUACGACAAGGGGGGAGAUAUCGAGGCUCGGGAUAAGUUUGGCCUCACGCCAUUAGCUUGGGCGGUUGAGAAUCGACACUGGCCAGUUGUCGAGCUACUAGUUGGCUGGGGCGCUAACAUUGAAGCCUCCGACAAGUCCGGCCAGACACCGCUCUCUAGGGCUGAUGCCAGGGAAAUGCGAAAUUUAUUACUUAGGCAAUGA